GGUGGAUUGAACGGGGGUCAUUGCAUUCCCAGCUUAGUAUUAAGUGUCCGUCGAAAGCUCUUUCCCAAACUACUUAAGGAUUGUGGCCAGCCGUUGUUGUUUGCCACCUGCCUCCUACUUGAUCCCGGUCCAAUCCACUCCCACGAUUCGUUCCCUUCCCACUUACCCAAACAACUUCCAUUUGAGUUUCUUCGCGGCUACUUUACCCACUUCAUCUCACUUCAUCUCCCCUCAAGCAGACUUCGUGCAAAACCUCAGAUCUCCAUACAUCUUCACACGAUUCUAUACAGCCCCUAUAACACAGAAUCUCUCAGCUGAACUGCCACCAUGCCUAAGAUCACGGGAAUCUUCUUCGACUGCGACAACACUCUUGUCCUGUCGGAAGAGCUGGCCUUUGAAGCAUGCGCGGAUCUUGCUAAUGAGAUCCUUGAGAAGCGCAACAUCCCUGAUCGCUACACAGGCGGGCAGCUGAUCCAGGACUUCGUCGGUCAGAACUUCCGGGGAAUGAUGAUUUCUCUGCAAGCCAAAUACAAGUUUGAGAUGUCCAAGGAAGAACUCGAGGAGUACGUCAUAAAGGAGGAGGACGAGGUCAUCGGCAAGCUCAACGAAAAGGCACAGCCUUGCGUUGGGGCCAACGAGCAACUGGAUAAGAUCUUCAAGGCCAAGAAGUAUGACCUUGCUGUCGUCUCCUCCUCCGCCCUGCGCCGUGUCAAAGCCUCCAUCAAGAAGGUUGGACAGGACAAAUACUUCGAUGAAGACCUUAUCUUCAGCGCUGCUAGCUCCCUCCCCAAGCCCACUUCCAAGCCUGAUCCUGCUAUCUACCUACAUGCCCUUGAGGUGUGUAAGAAGAAGCCCGAAGAAGUGGUUGCCAUCGAGGACAGCAAGUCUGGUGCUCUGAGUGCCAUCCGUGCCGGUAUCCCAGUCAUUGGUUACGUCGGCAGCUACCCUGGUGAUGACAAAAGGAUUGAGAUGGCCCAGCGUCUCGAGGAACUCGGUGCUAAGGUGAUCAUGAAGGACUGGAGCGAGUUCGAACAGUGCCUUCAGCAGAUCGAAAGCGCUUAAAACGACUUAGAUGUUCUGCAUUCAGCUCGAUUUUUUUUCUCACACGAUGUUAUGACAGCAAACGCCCUGGUCAUUAGGGAGCCACUGGAAUGGAUUCCUUUCGUCCGCCUUUUCAGUUUUAUGAGAAGCUUUCUUGCUCAAAGCGGUGGUCGGGACCCCACUUGCAAGACUGCAUCUUUCCUUUGAAUGGGACCCGGGUGUAUGAGCGUAGCUCUUCCGCUAUGGGUCUGAUCUUUCACACUUAUUUCGAAUACCCCAAAUUUCUGGCUCGGCCGGGGCUCGUGCAUCACUCGAAUUUCAAGCAUAGACGGGUUUUCAUGGACACAAACAGAUGCCUUUCGGUGUAUGUAGUCUGUAUUUGCACAAUAGAGGCCUACUCUCGAUUAUCUGAGACUUUCAAUCUCUUUGCUCCUUUAGAGUCGAAUAUGGGCUCUGCUGAUGGCUCAUGUAGUAGAACAUAGUCCUACUGCACCGCCAAGCCCACGCCUUCGCUUCCGUCC